AAUACUUCAAAGAAAACUGCAGGUGCUGAAAAUGGAACAACUCCAGCUUUACGCCUUAUUACAGAUGCUGCGCCGGUCAUAUCCGAAACUGGCGUUAGACAAAUUAAGCAAACAGGACAAUAA